UAAACAUCUCCAAAGUAGUGAAAUCUUUUUAAGCCCCAACAAUAUGCAUGCUCUGAUGUCUUAUUUUGUUCUAUUUCAUUGUUUGUGUGCCUGCUUAAUGGGUGCUUUCAGUUCGAACUUACAUUUACUGGAUAAAAGGUUUGGAGGGUUCAGACGCUGCCCUAGCAUCAAUCCUAGAGUCCCUGGAAUUCUGUUCGAAACUUCGUGGUUCUGAAGCUAGUGUGUUGGAGGACAUGGUAAAGGCAAUUAAUUUGGUCCAUACACCACAGGAUCUUGUUGAAAGUGGUCAUGUGUUGUUGAACCAUGCCUAUAGAGCUCAACAAGAAUAUGAAAGGACAACGAGCUAUUGUUUAAAUGUGGCUGCUGAGCAAGAGAAAAUUGUCAUGGAGAAAUGGUUGCCUGAACUUAAGGCUGCAAUUUUGAGUGCUCAGAAGUGCUUGGAAGAUUGCAACUAUGUUAGGGGAUUGCUUGAUGAAUGGUGGGAGCAACCCGCAGCAACUGUUGUUGACUGGGUCCUAGUCGAUGGAUUAAACGUUGCUGCCUGGCAUAAUCAUGUGAAGCAGCUCCUUGCAUUUUAUGAUCAGGAGCACUUGUGAAUAUUAAUCGAGUACUCAGCAAACAAGAUUUUCUCGGGAUCUCCCUGGUCUUCCUGGAUCAAAUUUGCCACUUCUACAAAGCCCUGGUCUCAUUCAUUCUGGCAUUACUAAAACCACCUACAAAGGCCUGGUAGAAACGGCUCAAGCUCGACUUCCUGCUUGGAAGGUGAUUCUAAAGGGAUAACUCAUAGCUAACAGUUUUGUAUAGCUGUGUUUUACAGUUUUAGAUUCAGUUGUAACAGUUUCUGUAACUAAUCUAUGUGAUU